UUGGUUGCCGCACGUUCUGUUUUGAUUGCCGAGUCAAACCCACCGUGGCCGGCGUUGUAUUCAUGUGUCAACAAGUCGUGGGAACAAAACUACAUCUUAUUAUUCCCGGAGAAUACAACCCUUGAACCCUCUUCGAGAGAAACGUCUUCCUGAGUGAAUAGCUGAUGAACUCAUCUGCACUUUCCUUUUUUUAGUAAACGAAUUCGUCCAGAUAGAGUCACUUCUCCCGCAAGAAGAUUAACUACCGGUGUACGUCAUUUGCACAUCAAUUGCGGAGUUUUCAAAUAUGCGAUGUCAAUAACGAGAAUCUGAAAGCAAAGUUUCCAGGAUUGUUGCUGUCUGCACUGAAUUAAUGUGGAAGUCAUGCAGGAAUUAAAUUACACAACGAUGGUUCCAAUGAUGAAUGCCUCAAACGUAUCUACCAUUGCUACUAUGGUAGCCUCAACAACCGGUACCACCAACACGGCUACGACCCCUGAUGGUAUCGUACUGACGGAUAAUGGUACUCCCCACAGCACAGUUGCUCUCGUCUUCAUCUGCAUCAGCGCUCUCUUCAGCCAGAUUCUCACCAUUGGUGGAAACAUCUUGGUCAUGUUAUCCUUCAGGGUGGAGAGACGGCUCCAGAAACCCAGUAACUACUUCCUACUUAGUCUGGCCGCGGCCGAUUUAAUCAUUGGUAUUUUCUCCAUGCCUGUGUACACCCUGUUACUCAUCAUGGGAUCGUGGCCGUUCGGUCCCUUCGUCUGCGACCUCUGGUUGUCUAUUGACUAUGCCUGUAGCGAGGUAUCAGUGCUCAACCUCAUCAUGAUCAGUGCGGACAGACUGUGGUCUGUCAAGUCACCAGCACGCUAUCGCAAUAAGAUGACACUACGAAGGGCAGUCAUCAUGAUCAUCCCAACGUGGGUGUGCCCAAUACUCUUAUAUUUCACGUCAGUCCUCGGCUGGCCUUUGUUUUCAAAAGGGGAAAGCGAUCGACGUGAUGACGAGUGUUAUUUGCCCUUCCUUUCGAACUCUCCACUCUUCAUGGCACUAUCGACAGUUGUUGUGUACUGGGUACCGCUGACACUACUGUUCCUCAUGUAUGCUUACAUUUACCGUAUUAUCAGAAACCUUUCCAGGAAGAAGAAAAAGUUCAGUCAUCAUCGGUUGGGCAAUGAUGAAUCGUUGAGGGCGCGAGCACUGCGGCCGCGUGUCUCACAUGAUCACUUGUACCCAACUCGAACCUUAGAACCCACCAUGAUGGAAAGUGAGGCACUGGGGUUGGGUAUUACAGCGGACACAACAACGACUUCAACCACCGUAUCGGCCCUCUCGGCAGAGGCUAGCCGAGGGAACGAUGUAAGGAGAAAAUCUCCUCCCCCGAAGAAGGAAAUAGAGUACGAUCGCGACGACCCAAGUGACGAAACGUCGUCGUCGGAACGACGUCGAGACAGCGAGCAACAACAACCUCUACGGUCUCAACCGAACAGUAACGGCAAGAAACGGUCAAGCGUCAUCACCUUCCGGUCUAGUGGCCGCAAGUACGAGGUUAAACGGCGAUCGGUGAAGGGCGAACGCCAAAGCCGAAGCGAGCGCAAAGCAACCAGAACGCUUACCUUCAUUUUGGGGGCGUUCUUCAUUACUUGGAGCCCAUAUUCCACUGUGGUUAUGAUCAUGGGUUACUGUCCGAAAUGUGUUCCGAUUCCACUGUAUCAGUUCAGCUAUUAUCUGUGCUAUAUUAACAGCACCAUAAACCCCUUAUGCUAUGCAUUCGCAAAUGAACUGUUUCGCGCCACCUUCUAUAAAAUCCUUUCCUGCAAAGCGUUCAGGAGAUAGAGAAAACUUUUAUACCGUGAGCCUGUUAUUUAUAAACGAAGUGGUUUAUGGUGAUUGAAGAGCAUCUCUCUAUCAUACACGUGACAACAUGGUUUUUUUGCAACAAUUACCAUUCACUGUGUGGAUAUACUAUAGCCAUGUCUGUAUUAAUUCAUAUAUCUUAUAAUGAUUACAACUCAUUAACGUAAACACACCAAACUGAAAAAACUAGGUUGGAUUUGUUGAGCAACUCUGAUGGAAUGAUUCAAAUAACAACCAAGCAUCGCUGGGAAAUGUCACUCGGCUUGAACUUACUAUAAACCGUCUUGUUUUGCUUCCCUCGUCGACUACUCUUCCUCCCCGUAUACACCGACAAUGCAAGGGUCCUGUGUAAACAACACUGUGGUGUUUUCUUAAGUACAGCUCGUGUAGUUCAUGCUCUUAAAGAUUAACAUGCCUUUCUGUAAGAAUUUUUCAGCAUUUUUAUUUGUAUAACUUCCAGUCAUGUGUCAAUAAUUACAGUUGUAUUGACAUUAGAAUACUCCUGUUAGUCCUUAAAAUUAACAUCAAUGUAUUUUCAUCACUCUCAUAUCAUUUACACAGUGUCUGAAAGUAGAUUCAGACUUAAUUGUGUUGUCUUGUGUACUCCGGUCGGGUAUUUUCAGUUCGUUUUUAAGAAGGUUUUGUUGUCAAGAAUAUUCUAAGAUAAAAUCUUCCACAAGCAUGACCGUUGUAUCAAAUCGAUUUGAGUGAAGUUCAGUAGGCCAAUGGUUGCAGGGCGCUUUUGCAAUGCCCGAGUUGUGCGCCCUCUAUUGAAUCUCUCGGGAAACAGGUCACAGGUCAAGUUGGUAUAACGAAAGCUCCGUAGGUAUACCCAUGGAUGGAGGAAGGACCCUCCAUUGUAUACUGAAUUUGACUGGUGAUUUCUUGCAAACAACACUGCAACAAAUAACGUUUAGCGCCCAUUAAAAUGUCUGUUGGAAAAAAUGACCCCUUUUCAGCACGUGUAUGAGCACAGCAAUAAAUUACCUUUAUGCGUGUGUAAUUUCAACAGAGCGACUCAAGCACAAACUGUGCUAUCCUCCAACCAAAGCUGUACUUUUAAAAUUGCAACAACUCAGUUUUCCCUUCCAACCCAGUUCUCCCUUACAACCCAAUGUUCCUUUUGACAUCUUCCAAAAUAUUGGUUAAAAUUUGUUGUUAUAUUAUGUUAUAUUUGUGAACAAUUCAUGCAAGACUCAGAAUGAUGAACGCGAUCAGAUGAAGACAAAAUACUCGACACCGAAUCUACUUUUUAUUUUCAUUUGGUGCUAUGAAUUAACUAACUUAUACUUCAUCAAAAUACCGGGAGUUUUCAUAGUUAGACUUUAAGGAAUUUUUCCAGACAGUGAAAUGUAGGUUUCAUGUAUACAUUGAAAUAAUUUCUGACGCAAUUUGUACAUUUUGCAAUUGAAACAGUGUGAUGACGUUGACAUGAACUGCAUUCAAGUUUAACAUAAAAAUGUUUGAUAAAAAGGUUUAGUUAACAAGUGGUAUGUAGGUUUUGUUCAUUGCAGUGUUUACUGCUUAUCAAUGAACCGAUGGAGAUAAAGACAAUAUUCAAACUCUGCAAACUGUGUAAUACCCCCACUGAUCACACCGAAUUCAUUCUCACUACGUUCUGAAAAAUGUAGUCUUGGUGCAAGACGCUGUUAUUAACACUGAGGCCGUGUCCGAAACGGCGACUUUGGC